AUGGCUGUAACUCAAGACUCCCAGCUAGUCAAUCAAGGCUACGGCGCUUGCAAAUCAUGCGGUUGCAACGUGUUCGGCAACUCCAACGGUGGCACUGAUACAAAUGUGGCAUGUGUUUGUACCCACAAAUAUGGCAAUCAUCUCUAG